AGUCUGCAAACUAAUAUGUACAUUAAUAUCUUUGGCAUUCUGACUGCAGAACCUCCCGCAGUUGAAGAGGCGCCCCCAGCAGUCGAAGAGGCACCCCCCGCCGUUGAAGAGCCACCUCCUGUUGUGGAAGAGCCCGAGCCAGAGGAAGAGGAGGAGGAGGAGGUUGAGGAGGUUGAGCAAGUUCAAGAAAGCCAGGAAGAGGAAGGAAAGGCGAAACCAAAGUUUAUGCCCAACAUUUCGGCUCCUAAAAUCCCAGAGGGAGACAAAGUGGACUUUGAUGACAUCCAUAGGAAGCGUCAGGAGAAGGACAUGCAGGAGCUGCAGGCCCUGAUCGAGGCCCACUUCCUCCAGAGGAAGAAGGAUGAGGAGGAACUCAUCGCUCUCGUCAGCAGAAUCGAGAAGCGUCGUACAGAGAGGUCUGAGCAGCAGAGGGUCCGUGCAGAGAAGGAGAAGGAGAGACAGGCUCGCCUUGCUGAAGAGAAGGAGAAAAGAGAGAUGGAGGAUCAGCUUAAGAAGAUGAAUGAGGACGCCAAGAAGAAGAAAGCCCUCACCAACAUCACCUCACAACACGGAGGACUGCAGCAGAAGCAAACGGAGGGCAAGAAGGGAGCCAAGAAGGAAACAGAGAGGGAGAAGAAGAAGAAGAUCCUGGCUGCCAGACGCAAGGCUCUCAACAUCGACCACCUGAGCGAGGACAAACUCAAAGAGAAGGCUACUGAGUUGUGGCAGUGGAUGAUGGAACUGGAGGCCGAGAAGUUCGACCUCACAGAGAAACUGAAGCGACAGAAAUACGAUAUGAAUGUACUGCAGACCCGUAUCAAUGAGCAACAGAAGUUUGCCAAGGGUCGCGGCAAGGCCAAGGGGGUGAGGAGGUGAAGAGAUGGUGGAACGCCGUUUCCAGAGCAACCGAGAAGAUUGGAGCGGUCUCCAUAGCAAUAGAAUAUUCUCAUCACAAUUUGCGAUGCCACUGCACUAUGCAAUAACAAAAUUAGGACUAAUAAACAGUGCCUUGCUUUUGGUUGUAA